AUGUUGGCGAGUGAGCUCUUCGCUCAGGCUCCGGUGGAUGAGUAUCCGGGCAUCGCCGUGGAAACCGUCAGCGACUCCAGCCGCUACUUUGUGCUCCGUAUCCAGGACGACAACGGUCGCAGCGCCUUCAUCGGCAUCGGCUUCGGGGACCGAGGCGACGCCUUCGACUUCAACGUGGCGCUCCAGGACCACUUUAAGUGGGUGAAGCAGGAAAACGAGUUCACCAAGCAGGCUCAGGCUCCAGACUCCACCCCGAAGCUGGACCUGGGCUUCAAAGAGGGCCAGACCAUCACUCUCAACAUCGGGCAAUCCAAAAAGAAGGACAGAUCUCGUCCACAGAGCUCAGGUGGCCUCGGGCUCCUCCCACCUCCACCUGGUGGCAAGCUGGCCCCGCCCCCGUCAUCCAGAUCCACCAAUCAUAACACACAACCGUCAGCGGGGGGAAGUGACACCGGUUGUUUGCUGGACCUGGACUCCAGUAACUCCAACUCGGUGGCUCCGUCCAACCCGACCUCCGGCGCCGACCUGUGGGGAGACUUUGACUCUGUUUCCCCGAAGUGAGGCGACUCUUCCUCGCCCCUCUUCGCCGUCUGUAAAUCUACGCAGCUCUUUUUUUGAAACUCUUUUCGUUCUCUCCGUUACGGGGUCCCGUAUCUCUCCCUGCCGAGCAGGGUAACCCCCUGUACCGCAAACCCGGUGUCGUUUCAGUUGGAUCCCUCACGGUUUUGUGUUCUGAGCCUGAACGGACACAAGCUACUCAGCAGUUUAAAUUCUGCCUCUCCAUCCCUGACAGUGUUUUAUUUCUAAUGUAGAUUAUACAUAACAGAGAUAUCCAGAGAGGCGUGAUCAUCUCGUCCAUAUCUAAAGAUGAAAUCUAUGAAUGAAGGAGUUUACUGUACAGAGAAUAUUUAUUUUAAUGUGUAUAUAUUGUCAGUGGUUUGUAAUUAUGGUCUGUGGUGUCGUCUCCUUCGUGUAGCUUCUUUCUCUCUAAGUCCCAGCAGUGGGACUGAUUAUAUGCACUGACUGACGGUCCAGUCGCUCUCCGUAGGUCUGCAUUUAUCGCAGGGAUUGUCAAAUAGGAGAUUUAGAUUAUUGCAAAGUUUACCGCAAAGCGAUUUCACUUGAAAGAGCACGUCGUCGUCGUCGUCGUGAUUUACUCUCCGGUGGCUCCGCAGCUGCUCGGCUCUCCGGGGACGGAGCAUUGUUCGGGCUGUAAAUCAGGACGUCGGCUGGGAGAGGCCGCUAACCGGAGCAAAGAGAGGCAACGAGUGCUUUUAUCUCGGCCUCGAGGGGAAAUGCGGAUGAUUUAACCCGCGUUGUGUCAUCCGCACAGCUGCCGAAAGCUGCGACCGGUGAGUCACGGAGGCCGCGACCUUCUUCCCUCCUCGGCGAAUAAAGUCUGCGUUUCUUGGUCCCGUAAGAGAAGCCGGUCGGGUCAAAGCAUGUCGUACUGUACACACGAGUUUAACUGUGAACCUUAUUCCAUAUCCAGAUGUUAUUUACUCUGACGCGGACAGUGGUGGUGUUCGUUGUCCACUAGGAGGCGGGUCGUGUUGCGCUGGUGUCGCGGACCGUGUGAGUGUAAAGGCCCAGCGGUGUGUGUCGGUGUGUGUUUGUCGUCCUGAUUAUGUGCAUAUCUCCCAGACGUUACCUGUAAUUCAUAAACUGUAAAUGUGUAUGGAAAUGAAUAUGCAAAGAAAAAUAUAAAGAAAACACUGAAUGACCAAA